UUUUCGCUUGUUGCACCUCCAGCGUUUCGCUUCACCCGAAAAAAUUCCCCAAGGAUGAAGUGACGGACAGGGGAAGUAGAGCUCAAAUCUCAGGCAAACGACAGGGUCACUCACAAGUCACAACUCACAAAUACUCUUCUCAUUUCCUCUCGGUUCUGCUCGGUGGCAACCCAGCGCGUAGAUCUUGUUCUUGGACGAGAAUUCUCCUCAAGUUCUCGGAUUUCUGUUUUUGUGCCGCUUAGCAAUUCAACCCCGAAAUUGUUUUGCGGCGCAGUCUUCACCCGAAUCUUGGGUCGUAGCCAAGAAGAUGAACAAGGAUAAGGCUCCGAUGCCGGGAGACGGCGACCCCAGCGACGGCUUGCCGCCGCAGUCCACGCGCCGUGCCGGGGCGCCGCCCUCGUCGUCUACCCCGCCGCGGGAGUACGACAUCAGCCGCAUGCCGGACUUUCCUACCCGGAGCACCGGCCACCGGCGUGCGCACUCCGAGAUCCUGGGCCUCCCCGACGACCUCGACCUCAGCGCCCCUGGAGGCGGCGACGGACCGUCGCUGUCGGACGAGAACGACGAGGAGCUCUUCUCUAUGUUCCUUGAUGUGGACAAGCUGAACUCAUCGUGCGGGGCGUCGUCGGAGGCCGAGGCUGAGUCCUCGUCCGUUGCGGAUGGCGUCGGUGAGGGGGCUGAGCUGGGCCACGCGCCCAGGCCAAGGCAUCAGCAUAGCCAGUCCAUGGAUGAGUCCAUGUCGAUCAAGGCGGAACAACUGGUGGGGGCGCCGGGGAUGGAGGGGAUGUCGUCUGCAGAGGCCAAGAAAGCAGUCUCUGCGGCGAAACUGGCUGAGCUUGCUCUUGUUGACCCAAAGAGGGCUAAAAGGAUAUGGGCUAAUAGACAAUCUGCUGCAAGAUCAAAGGAAAGGAAGAUGCGAUAUAUUUCUGAACUUGAGCGCAAGGUGCAAACCCUGCAAACAGAAGCCACAACAUUGUCAGCUCAGCUAACAUUGCUGCAGAGAGACACCACUGGGCUAACGACCGAGAACAGUGAGCUGAAGAUUCGCCUGCAGACCAUGGAACAGCAAGUCCACUUACAAGAUGCUUUGAACGACACACUGAAAGCUGAGGUCCAGCGGCUGAAGGUGGCAACAGGGCAGGGGCCGGCCAAUGGUGGUGGAGGCAUGAUGAUGAACUUUGGCGCCGUGCCACGCGCGUUUGGAGGAGGCAACCAGCAGACGUUCCACAGCAGCCAGAGCCAAGCGAUGCAAUCCAUGCUGGCGACGCACCAGCUGCAGCAGCUCCAGCUCCACUCCCAGCCUCAGCAGCAGCUGCAGGCGCAGCAUCUCCAGCAGGUGGCGAGAGACCUCAAAAUGAAAGGGCAUCUGGGCGCCCAAGGCCAGUGGGGCGGUGGGAAGUCUGGGAGCAGCGGCAGCUGAGGCUACUACUGGCACUGGAGUUUUGGUGUAUGUGGUUACUGGUUAGCUAGGAGUGGAGAUCCCCUUGUUCUAGGGGGGGGGGGGGGGGGGGGGGGGUGCUGCCGUGCAUGUGUAGUUACCGUUAGCUCGGGCUAUCUAUCUACAGGCUCAGUUCAGCUUCAGUUUUACUGUUAACUCGGUGGCUCAGCUCUCCUGCAGCGUACUGUGUCCAGAAACUCGGAUGGUAACAGGUGUUUUAUCUGUCGGAAUCUGUCUGUAUCUCUUCGCUAGUUUAAAGGGUAAAAAUGGUUGGGAUUUCAGGGCUUCAAAUGAAAUCUCCCGUAUUGAGCAAGAGUGUGUAGUUGGAUGUACAAGAAGGGAUGGAAGAAGGCAACGUUUGAUGAGAGUCACGGAGUAAUUUUUUA